CGUCAGUAGCUGUCACCUUGACAAAUGCCACAGAAGCACUGAUUCAAAAGAUUAUAACAAAGUCGAUUGGGAACAAAUUGCUCUAAUUCGCUGCCAAAGCAUAUUAUUCAAUUAAAAUGCAAAGGUUAUGGCUCUAUAACACAAAACCUACCUGAAUUAAUUCAUUCUUCACCAAAUGUAAACGUGGAAUAGCACGAAAAUGGUAAAAAUACGAGGUCUCACUAGAACGUCAAGGAUCGUUGCAUUAUGUAGCGCAGCAAAUUUCAUAAAUAGCGCCGAUAGAGUUAUAAUGCCGAUCGCCAUCGUCCCCAUGACCGAUAUUUUCCAAUGGUCUAUGCACGCUCAGGGUUGGAUCUUGUCAGCAUUUGCUGGAGGGUAUUUAACGAGUCAAUUAUUGGGUAGUUUCUGGGUGAACAGACUGGGGGCUAAGAAUAUCCUUAUAUGUAGCGUUCUCUUGUGGAGCAUAGCCACUUUUAUUACACCUUUCCUAGCAAGUAGUAUAACAGCAUUGGUUAUAUGUAGGAAAGUUUUAGGGUUCGCUGAAGGUUUAGGUUUGCCCACUAUAUUCCACCUAUUCGCUCAUAGUAUACCAGUGGAGGAACGUUCUAGAGCCUUCAGCUAUCUCCUAGCUUCAGGCUCGGUAGGCCAAACUGUUGCCUCGAUCAUCUGCCCGCAUUUGAGCUGGGAAGCCUGCUUCUACUGGUUUGGUUCUCUGGGAUUCUUAUGGGUCCUUCUCUGGUUCACUUUGUACCCCGAAGGGGCUUUCCUAGGCGAAGACACCAUACCCUUACACAUGCCCAAAGUUGUGACGAGGAGUAUACGUUGGGCGGACUUCAUACUGAGCAGGCCCUUAUGGGCGAUCUACGUUGCCCAUUUUGCUAUGAACUGGUCCUCGUACAUCAUAAUGCAGUGGCUCCCGACCUACUUAACAAGAUAUUUAGGCGGGGACGCUCACAGUUUAAGCCUAACGGCUGUUCCUUACAUCGUCAACUCGAUAAUCGGCAUAAUAUGUGGCCAUCUAGCCGACGGUCUACUCCAGAACAAAGGCUGGUCCGUUUUGAACGUUAGAAGACUGAUGACCUCCAUAGGACUGAUAGGACCGGCCCUCUUCCUCGCCAUAUUCGGCGUUGUCGACCAUCUAGCCCUAGCCCUGUUAUUUGUCAGCAUAUCGAUGGGGCUUUCAGCCUCAAACAGCGCGGGCCACCUCAGUAACCACGUGGAUAUCGCCCCCAACCACGCUGGCACCACCUUUGCCAUCAGCAACACCAUAGCCACCAUACCGGGGGUGCUGUGCGGUCCUGUCACAGCCUCCUUGGUGACCGCCUCCGGUGGUAAGUGGAUGAGCGUGUUCUUCGGGGCCACCCUGAUCAACAUCGUGGGAGCUUUCAUCUACUUCACAAACAGCAUGGCCACGCAGGUCCUGUGAAUCUUUUUUAAUUUCUACGAUAUCUAAUGUUGGUAUCACUGGAGAUUUAUUAACGAGACCAUUUCCAAGUACAGAAAGGAUUUUCCGUUUGGUUUCUCUAGGACCGGAAGGUACAAAUGGAUCUCAUAAAGUAGAGUCGUUUAUAGUUGUUUUUAUUAUUGAAUAUUUGGGAAAAAACUAAAGAUUGAGGGUCGUUUCGAUAGAUUUGCAUAUUUUAGAUGAAAGUGAUCUUUUAUGAUCGUUUUCAACUUGAAUAUCUCCGCUGAAGGAAAGAUUUAAUGUACUGUGAAUAUUUAUUAUUUUCCGAAAGCCAACCAACGAAAUAGACUUCUAUAUGAGAAAUAAUCGAUUAAUUUGUUAUGUAAUGGAGCAAAAAUGUUUAUAAAAAGUGUACAUAUGAUUUUAACAUAAAGAAGAGAUGUAUAUAAAUAUUGAGGUCAUUAAAGAAUAUAGUACUUAA